GCGUCGCAACAUCUGGAAAACAGCAGGUGUGUGUUGGUAGAAAAUGUUAUUGUUCUCCGUGCUGUUCGUCCGUGCAGUUCGCGCAGUCGGGAGUUUAGUGUCGCAAUUUUUCAUCUCACCACGGGGAAAGCUACAAUGUUGUGAAUGAAAAUAAUCUGGAUGCCGUCAGUGGAAGUGAGGAUUAAGCCGAGUUGAAGUUUUUUAUUCCGAAACAAAACAAAACAAAAAAACACCUCUGGGUGUGUUGUGUGCUAGUGCGCUGGCGGUGAAAGCAGAUAAGCUUCCAGAAGCUGCAGUUGCACCGUUGCGUUCAGGGUGGUGGAUGCAUAUUGCAUCUCAUUCUGGGAGAUAAUACCGCAACGAGUGCUUCGUCGCUUGGGGUGUUUCGCUAUUUCUUUAAUCUCAGUUCAACGGACGGAUUUGCUCGAGUGUUUCGCAGCGGCAGUUCCUUUCGUCGUUGGGUUAGUGAAUGGUAAGAAACAGUUGUUGUGCUCGGUGCGGGUAGGUGCAACUGGGUCCAGCUUGCAUCAUUGCCUGUUUGGCGCUUAAGUUUGUCCGUGCUUGUCCGUGCCGUGGAGAACCAUGGAGGAUUACAAAUUUCUGUUCAAAGUCGUCUUGGUGGGAAAUGCGGGCGUCGGUAAAACGUGUCUGGUACGCAGAUUCACGCAGGGGCUCUUUCCGCCCGGGCAGGGCGCUACGAUCGGGGUGGACUUUAUGAUCAAAACGGUCGAGGUGGACAAUCAGAAGAUAAAGCUACAGAUUUGGGAUACCGCCGGCCAGGAGCGGUUUCGAUCGAUCACGCAAAGCUACUAUCGAUCCGCUUCUGCACUUAUAUUAGUGUACGACAUCAGCUGUCAGCCCACGUUCGAUUGUCUCCCGGACUGGUUGCGGGAAAUUCAGGAGCACGCGAACUCCAAAGUGCUGAAAAUAUUGGUCGGCAACAAGACGGAUCGAGACGAUCGGGAAAUACCGCAAGAGGUGGGUGCCGAGUUUGCGAAACAGCACGGCAUGUACUUCCUCGAAACGUCCGCCAAACAGGCGGAUAACGUGGAACGACUAUUCUAUGACAUUGCGGCCGUACUCAUAGAGCAAGCACGCACGAAAGAGUUUACCUUGCGCAGUGAAACAAGCGUCCUGACGAAUCUCUCCCAAAAGACGAUCUACCAUCCGAGCUGCUGCAGCAUUGGCGACCGGAACCAUGCUCGCAGCAGUAGCAUCAGCGAUGCACACUACUCCGACAGCUCAGGUCCGGCCAGCAUCGGUAGUAAUAGCGGUAAUUUUAUCACCCAACAGUAGGGAAGCUGUGCAAGACGCGCCCAACUUGAAACCAACAGAGCAAGACACGUUUUGGCAGGAGCUGCUGGGCGUGGUGCCCUAUCCUGUUCGGUAUGCGUUCUCAGGCUGUUUAUAAGGGCGUACGCGCGCAUUUGUGUGUUUGUUUGUUUUUUAAAAACACUUACCACAGGGAACACUUGCGUUGCGUCGCCAGGGGCACAACAAAGACAUGAGAUUUUGCAAAAGUACCAAAAAUCGAAAAGCUUCUAAGCUCAGCUGUUCGAAGCGUCACGCACACAAUGGCUAAACGGGACGGGGUAAGAAGGAGAUUUGCAGCGAGGGAUCGAAAUCGUUGAUGUAAGGUUUAAGGUUUUAGAAUAUGUUCCUGUGUUAAUUUUAGCGAUAAAUAAAUGAAUUUACAGAAAAUGAAGAAAA